AGUUAAUAAUUACAAGCUUACAACCCAAAAAAGGGGGAAAAAAAGGAAAAAAGAAAAAGAAAAAUAGAGGCUAAUUUCAAAUGGUGAAAGGCAGAGGGAGAAAUUAGUUACAAUAAUUAAAUGAACGAUAGUGGGAAUAUUGGGGUGUAGAUUCUGAUCGGAUUUUCGCCGGAGUUCAUUCGCUCUGCUUCUUACCGUUAGAAACAGAGUAUUUAUGGAAACAAACUCGAACAACAUCUUCCGCUUCAGAUUUUCUAAAUAUUUUCCUAAACUAAAUUUCAAUCCAACGGUAACAAAGUGAAGUCGGAAAAGGAAUUAGAGACCAUAUGAAGAUUGAAGUCAAAUUAGGAAAUUAAAUCCUGAUAAAAUGAAAACCCAUCCAUCUUCAAUUUCUUCUAUACUCUGAAACUAAUCUCUGUAUUACGAAACUCUGAAACUAAUCUUUGUAUUACGAAAUAAUGGGAAUGGAGCUUGGUCUUCCUGAUUUGAACAAACUUUGCAUACCUCGGAGAAGGAGCUCUUCCGCUGCCGGAAAGAAAGAACAACACUUAGCUGAAAGCUCCAAACCCCCAAUCUCCAUGUUGGAGGCUGCGGUUGUUCUUAUGGCCAUUGCAAACUCUGUUUCCGAUGUCGAAAGCUUCUGCAAUUGUGAACUCAAAAAAUAUGAAAACACCCACAAAAGGAAGAACCCUCCUACGACGGCUGCUACUAAGAAACCACCGAGGAAGAAGAGGGCAAGGCAGAGCAAAUUCCCGUCGAUUCCUGAGAUGCCGGCGGCGAUGAGAGACCGAAUCGUGGAGAUGGGUGGCUACGAAAUUAAUCUGGUGAUUCAGAAACAACUUCAAGAUACGGAUUUAAACAAGAAUCUUGGACGUUUGUCCCUCCCACAAAAGAAACUGUUGUUCGAUUUCGCAACAGAGGAGGAGAGGAGGUUGCUGAGCCAACAAGAAAAUAAGAACAAGAAAGGGUUGAAUGUAGUGAUAAUGGAUCAUGUUCUUGAAGAAAGAAACAUUUGUUUGAAGAAGUGGAAGAUCGGGAGUGGAGAUGUUUACUGUUUGAUGACACAGUGGAAUGCAUUUGUGAAAGAAAGAGGAUUAAAAAGUGGAGACCAUAUUCAACUAUGGAGCUUCAGAAAAGAUGAUGAAAACGAGGGUGGUUUUCGUCUCUGUUUUGCAAUGGUGAAGCUAAUUCAUGGUUGUGAUUAAGAAUUGAAGCUCUUAGCAACUCGCUGAUUUUGUAGUGUUUUGAUUAUGUAAGGAAUAUUAUUUCACUAAGACUUUUUUUCUUCUUUGACUUUUGAGUUUUUUUCUACAAAACCUUUCGUCUUGAUCCUCUUCUUUCAAAAUUUUCAGUUUCACACAGCAAUCUUAAAAUUAGCAAUUUUCUUAAUGAAUUAAAAAUUAUUUUUGGGAGGUCGUUGGUGCCGGCGACCGUUCAUGCAAUUCAACUGAAAAAAAACCGAAAAGAAACAAAACAUGGAGAAGAUCAAGUAAUAGAGAGAAAUACAAAGAAAUAAAAAGAAAGGAAAAAGAUAUUAAUAAGAAAGAAGAAAAAACAUAAACAGCGGCCAAC